GGUAGUGAUGUCAGAUGAGGAGGCCUUGGGCACAGCCAGCAUUCCAGUUCAUCCCAAAGGUGUUCAUUGGGUUUGAGGUACAUGACAUACAGCCCACAGACCCCACAGAGAUCCAGAAAGCUGAGCUGAAAAAGACAGAAAAGACACCAAAGGAAGAGAGAGAAGAGGAAGCACAGUCUACCUCCAAAUACAAUGAGAUCCUCCGGGUACAAAUCUGUGAAGGAGGCUACAGGUCGAGUGAGGAGUACGUGUAUGUGCGGGGACGUGGGAGAGGUCGUUAUGUGUGUGAGGAGUGUGGGAUCCGCUGUAAAAAGCCCAGCAUGCUGCGGAAACACAUCAGACUACACACUGAUGCUCGGCCCUACGUCUGCCAGCAUUGCAACUUUGCUUUCAAAACCAAAGGGAAUCUAACCAAACAUAUGAAGUCAAAGGCUCAUGGGAAGCGUUGUCCUGAGGGGACCACUCCUGGACCUGUGCUGAGUGGCGCUGAGGAAAGUUUCACUGCACCAGAGGUCAGUGCUGAGGAGCACCAAUUCUCCGAUGCUGAGGACACGGAUGAGGAAGAGGACGACAACGAGGAAGCUGACGAGGAGACAUCGCAAUCCUCGGCCUCAUCUGUGAGGAUAUCUGUCUGUAGUGGCAGUCAAUCAGCAGCUAAUCCUGCAGCCUUGGUGAAGAAAAAUGAGUCCAGACAGCAGAGUCCAAACACAUCUUCAUAUGUAGAGACCACCACUAAAGCGAUGUCUCCUUCCUCCAUCUGCAGUCUUUCUCCUGGGAUUCAUUUAUCCCCUGGUCGCCCAUGCUCCCCAAGACGGGACGUGUCCCCUUUACGUUGUCUCUCUCCCCGGCUUAGCCUCUCUCCAUCUCCCUGCCAGUCCUCUCUUUCUCCGUCCACCCGACCUGUCUCACCUUUCUCGCUAAGACACCUUUCCCCAGUUCGAGCCAUUUCUCCCAUAUGUCCCAUG